GAAAAAUAACGCAGCGAACGCCGAACAAAACUUGCUCCUCUCCUCUGCUCUCAUCUCACUCCGCGGCUUCGCAUUGGUUAUCGAAAUGACUUCGAUUUAUAAUAAAGAAAAUUCUGAACUGCCUUUCAGCUCCUCAGAAACCAAAAAACAAACGUCUUAUCCGCGUUGGUACUCCCCUGAAACCGGAAUUUGCCACAGCACAUUUCCCUCCGUUCAUCUCCCAACCCACCCUUUUCUUGACGUUGUUUCCCUCAUUUUUUCCCACCAACACAAUGGCUUUUCCGCUCUCAUUGAUUCCUCUUCUGGGUUUUCGAUUUCCUACUCACAGCUCUUCCCUUUGGUGAAGACCCUGGCCUCUGCUCUUCACCGGUUCGGUAUUUCUCAAGGUGAUGUCGUUUUGCUUCUUUUGCCUAAUUCUGUUUACUUUCCUGUCCUUUUCUUGGCGGUUUUGUACUUGGGUGCGGUUGUGUCUACUAUCAACCCUUUGAGUACGGUCUCGGAAAUUAAGAAACAGGUUGCUGAAUGUAAAGUCCGUUUAGUGUUCACUGUUCAUGACAAUAUUGAAAAGUUGAAGUCUUUGGGCCUGAGUGUUAUUGCUGUACCGGAAAAUGUGGGUACUGGUUGUGAAGAUGUUGCAUUUUCAGAUUUUUAUAAGCUUAUAUCGGGGAAUGAUGAAUUGGUUAAGAAACCAGUGAUUAGGCAAGAUGAUACAGCAGCAAUAUUGUAUUCAUCGGGAACUACAGGACCUAGCAAAGGCGUUGUUUUAACACAUAAGAAUUUUAUAGCUGCGGUUGAGCUUUUUGUCCGGUUUGAGGCCUCGCAAUACGACGGUUUCACUUGGAAGAAUGUGUAUUUAGCAGCUCUACCAAUGUUCCAUAUAUAUGGGAUAUCUCUUUUUGUCUUGGGACUGUUGUCACUGGGGUCUAGCAUUGUUGUCAUGAGGAAAUUUGAUGUUAAUGAGAUGGUAAGAGUGAUUGACGAGUAUGAGGUGACUCAUUUUCCGGCUGUUCCACCGAUAAUGAUGGCACUGGUGAAGGUGGCAAAGACUCGAUCUGGAAAAAGCUUCAAGAGUUUGAAGCAGGUUUCUUGCGGGGCAGCUCCUUUGAGUGGGAAAAUAAUAGAGGACUUUGUACAGUUUCUCCAUCAUGUAGACCUAAUUCAGGGAUAUGGCAUGACCGAGUCGACCGCAGUAGGGACACGUGGCUUCAAUACAGGAAAGUUCCGUAAAUAUGCAUCAGUUGGGCUUUUGGCUCCAAAUAUGCAAGCUAAAGUAGUGAAUUGGAGGAAUGGCUCCUCAUUGCCACCGGGCCUUAGUGGUGAGCUUUUGCUACGAGGGCCAGGAAUAAUGAAAGAAUACAUGAAUAACAUGGAUGCAACUAGGUCAACUAUUGAUAAUGACGGUUGGCUACAUACUGGAGACAUUGUUUAUUUUGAUCAGAAUGGGUAUCUAUAUGUAAUUGACCGUGUGAAAGAGAUUAUCAAGUACAAGGGUUUCCAGAUUGCUCCUGCUGAUCUGGAGGCUGUACUGAUUGGCCAUCCUGAGAUACUUGAUGUUGCAGUAGCAGCUGCCAUGGAUGAGGAACUUGGAGAGAUACCAGUGGCAUUUGUAGUAAGAAGGCCUGGAAGCAAACUAACCCAGACGGCUGUUAUCAAAUACCUAGCUCAAAAGGUUGCUCCAUACAAGAAGGUGAGAAGGGUAGUUUUUGUGAACGCCAUACCAAAGUCGCCAGCUGGAAAAAUCCUUCGAAGAGAACUCAGAAACUCUCUCACUCCUGCUUCUAGACUUUAAAAUUUUCAAGCUGAAAUCCAGAAUAAGGAAAGUGAAUUCUACUUUUCCUAAAGUUCUUGAAGAUGCCCUGUUGCUAUCCAAAUUCCAAAACCAAAUCCAGAAUAAAUGGUAUUCUACCUUAUUCAGUGUAUUGGUUUGCUUGAACUUAUCAAUUGAACCAAUAAUAAUAAAAUCUAGUACAAGUGCUAGAAUAUUCCUGUCUUCA